AUGAUCGUAACAGGUGUUUGUGGAGUAGUCAUGGUGCUAGUGUUGGUUAUCCUGAUUCCGGUGCUGGUCAACUCAGCCGGGACAUCCGCGCGCUACGAAAUGCUCGGAUCCUGUCAGAUGGUGUGUGAUCCCCACGGGACCAAGUCCACGGCCACGGACAAAGCCAAUACUAUCAGAGACAGCCGCUUGGUCCAGUCUCUACCAACCUUAAUCCAAGGUCCUAAAGGGGAGCCCGGACGCACGGGAAGAAUUGGCCCUAGGGGUCCUCUUGGAGAGCCAGGACCACCCGGACCUGUCGGCCCGCCUGGGGAGAGAGGAGAGCCUGGUCCGCCAGGACUACCCGGAACGCCCGGAGAUAACGGAGCCACAGGUGCCAUAAGCGCAGCCACAUACAACACCGUUCCAAAGAUAGCUUUCUAUGCCGGGCUGAAAAAACAGCAUGAGGGCUACGAAGUGCUGAAAUUUGACGACGUAGUCACCAACCUUGGCAACCACUACGACCCCACGACCGGGAAAUUCACCUGCUCGAUACCGGGCAUCUACUUCUUCGUUUACCAUGUGCUGAUGCGAGGCGGGGAUGGCACCAGUAUGUGGGCUGAUCUUUGUAAAAACAACCAGGUGAGCCAUAUACUGACUUGUGCAAUCAAAUGAAACUGAAACAUAGCACUUCUUUCUCAUCUAUAAUUUGUAAUUUUUUAUUAAGAUUCAAAACAUUAGAAAACAGUUUAGGCUACAAUUUUAGCACACGUAAACUGCGUUUUACCCACGUACUCCACUUUCAUUAAAGCGGCGCUGUCAGUGGUGCUGAAGUUCCAGCCCUGCGCCCCUUUCAUUACUGAAACUCCAAUUCACUAACAUGACUAAAUAAUACCACAUUGAUAAAAACAUAAAUAAAAACGUGGUAUCAGAAAGAUUGGUGACUAAUAAUAUUGUUCUCCAGGUGCGCGCGAGCGCUAUCGCCCAAGACGCCGACCAGAACUACGAUUAUGCCAGCAACAGUGUUGUCCUGCAUCUCGAGCCCGGCGAUGAGAUCUACAUCAAGCUGGACGGGGGCAAGGCGCACGGGGGCAACAACAACAAGUACAGCACCUUCUCCGGCUUCAUUGUCUAUGCCGAUUAA